AUGGCAAGCCCUCAGGUCAGACUCAAAAUUUUUAUAUUGCUACGCUUGUGGGAAAUUCCCUGGAAUUUCCUCCUUAUUGGGAGGUCAACCACUUCGGCAGCACCGGCACGUAAUUAUGGCCUCAAGGUGCGAGUCACGAUGUGGAAAAGCAAUGGCAACCGCGAAAGAGAGGGCACUGGGGAAGGAGUAAGGGUAGGUUCAAACCUGGAUCUUGCUUUACCACCGCAGCUAUCGUAA